AUGAUUGAUACAGUGGUGAUUUGUCAGAGUUCGCUGGAACUCCGCCAUUAUCUUGGGCCUGAUAGUCUAACGAUGGAUGUAGGAGGUACACUAAAAUACAACCAUCUGGAAUGGGUUCAACAUCGUAUGGACAUCGAACGAAUGAAGUCAUCAGCAACAGUAAUUGCUCAAUCACUAAGUGAAUUUGGCCGUUGUCUAAAAGAAACAGAGUUACCAAAUGAUGUCGAGACAACUGCGCGAAUUCUGGAAAUGCAAACCGCGGAACGAGACGCCAUUAAAGAAGAUUUCCGAAUAUCUAUUAGAAAAGGAUUAUCGUUGUUACGGCACGUUCGUCAGCUUGAUGUCAAACCAGAACACGAACAGCUCAGUCCGACAAGGCUUCACAAUGUCACUGCAAUCGAGCGUAUGCUAAUACAGCUAGAAGAAACAGAAAGAAGUUUUGAUACAUUUUGGGUGAAACAUGAAAAACGCUUAAUGCAGUGUUUGAAAUUACGACGCUUCGAAGAUUCAUUCAGAAAAGUAAACUAA